GCCCUGCUGCUGCUGGGUGGCAUCGCUCUCUCCUGCCUGGCCCUGGACCUGCUCUUCCUCCUGUUCUACUCGUUCUGGCUGUGCUGCCGCCACCGCAAGAGCGAGGAGCACCUCAAUGCUGACUGCUGCUGCACUGCCUGGUGUGUCAUCAUCGCCACCCUCGUGUGCAGUGCUGGAAUUGCUGUGGGCUUCUAUGGCAAUGGGGAGACCAGUGACGGCAUCCACCGGCUCACGUACUCGCUGCGCCACGCCAACCGCACCGUGGCCGGCGUCCAGGACCGGGUACUUGACACUGCAGUGGCCCUGAAUCAAACAGUGGAACCAAACUUGCUCGUCCUGGAGGAGAUGUUCAAGAAGCAAACAGAUUACCUGCAUCUUGUCCAGAAACUGCAAAGUCUCUUGGAUGAUCUGGUCAGGCAAACAACUGAGAUCCCCUUUUGGAAGAAUGAUGAGCUGUCUCUGGAGGAGCUGGCAAUUCAAAUUGACCUCUAUGACUGGUACAGGUGGCUGGGAUACCUGGGCCUGCUCCUAUUUAAUGUCCUGAUAUGUUUGCUGGUGCUGUUUGGGCUCAUUAGAAACUCCAGGGCCAUUCUUAUGGGGGUGUGCUUGCUUGGGGUGUUUGCCCUGAUUGUCAGCUGGGGAUCCCUGGGCCUGGAGCUGGCUGUCGCUGUGGGCUCCAGUGACUUCUGUAUCAACCCUGAUGCUUAUGUCUCCAAAGUGGUUGAAGAGAAUGCAGUGCUCAGUACUGAAACUCUCCGCUAUUACAUGACCUGUAGUGCUGGCUACCCCAACCCUUUCCAGCAGAAGCUGUCAGGAAGUCACAAGGCUUUGGUAGAAAUGCAGGAUGAUGUGUCGGAGCUCAUGAGGUCAGCAAGCAAAGAGCACCCCACCUCCAAGGAGUAUCUCACUCGGAUCCAGGAGGUUUUGAAUUCAACAGAGAUCAACUUGCAGCAGCUGACAGCUUUAGUAGACUGUCGGAGUCUGCACUUGGAUUACGUCCAGGCUCUGACAGGCUUCUGCUAUGAUGGAGUGGAAGGCCUCAUCUACCUGGUUCUCUUCUCCUUUGUCACAGCCCUCAUGUUCAGUUCCAUUGUCUGCAGUGUCCCACACACCUGGCAGCAAAAGAGAGGCUCAGAUGAUGAUGGGGAAGAAGAAUCAGCUGCUCAAGGGAGCAGGCAGACACACGAUAAUCUGUACAGAGUGCACAUGCCCAGCCUCUAUAGCUGUGGCAGUAGUUAUGGCAGUGAGACCAGCAUCCCAGCAGCUGCACACACAGUCAGCAAUGCUCCCGUCACGGAGUACAUGAGCCAGAAUGCAAAUUUCCAGAACCCCCGUUGCGAGAAUACCCCGCUCAUUGGCCGGGAGUCCCCACCUCCCUCAUUGUAUUUGGCUGCCAUGGACAGUAGCAGCCAUAUGAGCUGGCAGCUUAAGCCCUCGGACAGUGCACGGACAUACUGGUAACAGCGCCCGCAAAUGGAACAGUACACCUCCAGCAUGAGAGCCAAAUACCUCGCCACCAACCAACCUCGUCCAGAUGCUGGCAGUGUGCAUUAAAACAGAAAAAGCAAAAGCAAAAAAAAAAAA